UCAUCCAUGUAAUUGUUGAUGGAAACUGACUUGGAAUGUAGCAGGAUGAAAUCUCGUGAUUCUGGGAUGUUGCUGCUGAACUUGCAUUUAAGAUUAUAUCGCCUUUCUUUUCUCUGUGAAUUCAUGAUCUUUGCAUGAUUUGUUAACUAUUCUUGGUUCAUCCUUGGACGAAGUUUUGCUGGUAAGCAUUUCCAAGCUAUUUGCUGACUGUUUUUUUUUUUUAAAAGGAAACACCUAUUUUAAACUUCAAAAAAGUAUAGCCGGUUUUGAAAGAUUGACUUUCACCUGUUCUUUUAGAUGUAAGGGGAUAAUUACUCUUUCAUUACUGUUCUCUUUGUUUCUGCCUUUCCAGAGAUGCCCCGGAAUCAAAUUGUAAUUCCAAGGUUCAAACUUGGAAACCAUGGUGAUAGGGGUCAAAGUGAGCGUUUUUUGUAUUAUUUAAAUGGAAAAUACUAGAAAUUGAAAACUUAGAAAACUGAGAAAACUGAGAAACGGAGAAGAAAAUAUAAAACUGUAAACGGGACCGCAACAUCCCAAACCCUAGAGCUCGGCUUCCAUCUUCUCUUUCAGGAAGAGCAAUUAGGAUUCCAAAUUCGUAAUUUGAAAUCGAAUUUUAUGAUGGAGGACUGGGAGGAUAAUAAUAUUCCACCUCUCCUUUCGAAGGAGCAACUUAAAAGUAAAUGGGAUGAUGAAGGCAUGGAUGAAAAUGAUGUGAAAGAAUCUUGGGAGGAUGAGGAAGAACCAGCUCCGCGAGAUAAGAUGGAGGUCACAGGAAACAAUCAACCGCCGCAACAGCCACCACCGGCGGCUGUUUCUUCGUGUAGAAAGAAGAAGAGCGAACAAGCGAAUUUUCUAGAGGAUGUGAAAGAUCAUAUCGAUGAGUUCAUUCAUGCUUCUAUGGACGAACAUAAAAGUUGCUUUAAAAAGACUAUCAACAAGAUGUUUGGAAUGUCAAAGAUUGUUGCGGAGAGAGAGGCCGAGUCUAAAGGCGUUGAGAGUUCUUUGCCUCUUCGUACUGUAGUGUCGGACUAGACUUCAAUUUUCUUAUGUAAAUUCUGAAAAGAUUGUAUUUUCUGAUUUUUUUAGUUUGAGUUUAAAUAAGUUCAAACAUAAACUAGUUUUUCUAUGCUGAUUUUUAAUUGAAUGCGUAUUCUUUUAA